UUGCUUGUAUGGUUGCUGACAGACUCUUCUAAGAAAAUUAGGAAGCCAAAACCUUGGAAGCAUCCUGAAGCAAUUACAAGGACACAACUGAUGAAGAUGCGUGAGGAGUUUUGGGACACUGCACCUCAUUAUGGUGGGAGACAAGAGAUAUGUGAUGCUCUGCAUGCGGCAGCAGAAGCAGAUCUAAUGCUUGCCCAAGCAAUUGUGGAUAGUGCUGGUGUGAUUGUUCAGAGAGCUGACUUGACAAUAUGCUAUGAUGAAAGAGGUGCGAAGUACGAAUUGCCCAAGUACGUUUUGAGUGAGCCAACCAAUUUGAUUGAUGAAAAUUGACAAUGGAGGUGGGGCAGAUUUUGCUCAGCUUCGUGUGUAAAUCCUGUGAAUUGAUAUUGAUAGUUUGGUAAAACAAAUUGCAUCAAAGUGGAGGUCAUUCAGGCAUUUCAAUGAUGCACGCUUAAAUACAAAUUUUACGUAACUUCUACCUCAUGAGAUGUAUAACUACCACAAUUUCAUAUGGUUUGUUUCAUUAGUACCUGAACCUUCUAAAGAAACACGAAAAGUAAUCAAUUCAGGUGAUUGUUACAGUGGAAAAUCAUGACAUCCUUGAGUGCUA